AUGUCAAAACGGCAAAUCACGAAGGAUGGCAAGGUUAGUCUAUGGCCAUUCGUUGAGACCAAGUUGGCGAAGCGGAAGUGCAAGAAUCGAGACCGCGGCUCUCAUGUGACUGUUCCUAUGAGCGUGACCAAGCCCAUUUACCGCAACUACCUGAUUGAUAAGGUGUUUCCGGCAAUCCAAGCCAAAGGCCUGAUCGUCGUUGAAGACCCAUUUCUGUGCAACAAGACAAUGCAAAACCGCACGUGGCGGUGGAUGACGCUGCCGUGA